UAAAAUGUAAGGGUUAAAAUUGAAUUGGCAAAAAAAGAAAAAGGAAUUUCAAUUAUCUCUUUUCCCUGCAAUUUCCUGCAGAAAGACUCUUGAGUCUUGAGCAUUAAGAUUCAAAAAUCUUUACUACCGCUGCUGCAUAUUUGUUGGUAGGGUUUCACAUUUUUUAAUCAAAUCAACUGAAAAUUUCAGCAAAAGCUAAAAAAUGAUGUGGGUGAAGAUAUUAUGCGGUUUGAUUUUUUACCGAUUCGUGAGGCGAUUCUUCUACGAAGACGACGCCGACCUCGAUCUCGAUUCCUCCCACUGCGAUUCCCUUUUGGCCGUCGCCAAAAGGUUGGAAAAGGUAUACAAAGGAUGCAAGGUUUACGUGGGCCUCCAAAUUCCAGACCCCGAUUCUGCUUCUCGUCAGAAUAUUGACCUUGUUCUCGUUACUGAUCAGGAGGCAGUGGUGAUUUCGGUGAAGAAUGUAUCGGGGUUUGUGUCAGUCGACAAGGAUGAUAAUUGGGUAUGCACCGAUGCAAACAGCCGUAAAACAGAGCGUUUUCCGAACCCUGUAUCUGAAACUAAACGGUUAGUUCCCAUACUUGAAGAAUAUCUCGAACAAAGGGGAGUUGCUCUUCCACAAGGAUAUUUGUCUUAUAAAGUCAUCUGUCCUAACCCAAGUACUAGUUCCGUUCGUUCAGAAUUUUUCCCAUCUGAGGUCAUUACUUACGAUAAGUUGGCACAAUUAAAACCCGAGCAAAGAAGUUUGUAUUCUAAAUGGAUCAAAGGUGCACUUAUUUCUCGAAAUAAGAAAACGCAGGAGUCGUUUUAUGAGAAGCUUAACUCUGUUCUCAGCACUGCCCCAAUUUCGGAUAGGUUAGAGAUUAAAGGCAACAAGUUUAUUCUAGGAGAAUUUGUUGAAUUCAAAGGGAAACAAGACGACCUUCAGGCAUUGAGAAAAAUCAAGAGAUCAAAAGUUAGUCGUUUCACAGUUCAGAAGAUAAGCAUGUUUGGUUUUGUUCAUCCUACUGUCCAAGUUGUGUAUGCUCGACGUGAUUAUCGUGUUGAGGGACCUUCCUGGUCAUCACAGACGGAAGAAAUUAGUGUUCGAUCGAGCACAGAGGUUGUUUUUCAACCACAAAAUUCUACAAGAUCACGCAAGUACAAGCUUUCUUCCGUUGUCUCCAUUUUACUCAGUGCCUAAAUGUAUAGGUAUAGCAGUACCCAAAGGCAGCAGCAGUAGUUUUCGUGGAAUGUUGCAGUUCUACGCUAACGUCUCUGUUAUAUAUAUAGAUCUGUAAGUAUAUUCUGUAUUCUAAAAUUUUGUAACAGACGAAUAUAAAUUGGCCUAAAAGAUUAUCCUUACCGAUACA